AAGGCCCCUCGUUUUUCCAGGGUUUGGAGCGCCAUUCCGAACGAUUCUUUUUUCUUCCAUCAGAUCCAGAAGGAGUGACGACGGACAGACAAGAAGCAUUCGAACCGCUGGUUGGUGAAGCAGGGCGAUGUAUAACGGUAUUGGGUUACAGACGCCGAGAGGGUCUGGCACUAAUGGGUACAUUCAGACAAACAAGUUCUUUGUGAGGCCGAAGACUGGAAAGGUUGCUGAAAACACCAGAGGAUUCGAUGAAGAUCAGGGCACUGCUGGUGUUUCCAAGAAACCUAAUAAAGAUAUUCUUGAACAUGAUCGCAAGCGUCAGAUUGAGCUCAAACUUGUCAUUCUUGAGGACAAGCUCACUGACCAAGGUUAUACAGAGGAUGAAAUUUCUCAAAAGUUGAAGGAGGCUCGCGAGACUUUGGAAGCUGCUUCAGGUUCUGAGGAAAAAGAUGGACCCUCCGCCAUCGUACUUGCAGAUAAGAAGGUUUCAGAUACUCAGUCUCACCAAAUUGCUGCAAGAAAGGAGGAGCAGAUGAAAACAUUGAGAGCUGCACUUGGGUUGAGUUCAUCGAACGAUAGUGAACAAGUUACAGAAGGGAUUUCUGAUCCAACAAGAAAUAGAAGGGAGGGUCAGAAUGCUGAUAUUAAGCGACAGGAGAAGUCUGAGCAUUCGUUUUUAGACAGAGAAUUGAACUGGAAAAAGCAUGGCUCUGAAGAUCAUAAUGAUGAUAAGGGUGACAAAAAAAGGGUUUCAAAAGAGUUGAAAGGCCAUCUGAAGGAUAGAAGAAGGCCCAAGGACGAUUCUUCUGAUAACGAUUCUGUUGGAGAGCAUCAUAAGGGAACCAAGAAGAAUUUGAGAGAUAAUAGAAGGAAUGAUUCUGAAAGUGACUUUGAAAGUGAUGAUGACGAAAAAUACAAAACCUCAAGGAAGUCGAAGAAAAAUAGAAGGCAUGAUAGUGACGUUUCUUCUGAUACUGAUUCUGGUGGAGAGCGCAAGGGAACCAAGAAGCACUUGAGAGAUAAUCGGAGAGACGCUCCUAAACGUGACCCAGACAGCAAUUUUGACCAGAAAUAUGCCACCUCGAGGAAGCAUAAGAAAAACAGAAGGCAUGAUAGUGACGAUUCUUCUGAUACUGCUUCUGGUGAAGAGCGCAAGGGAACCAUGAAGCACUUGAGAGAUAGUCGGAGAGAUGCUCCUGAACGUGACCCAGGCAGCAAUGUUGACCAGAAACACCUCACCUCGAGGAAGCAUAAGAAAAACAGAAGGCAUGAUAGUGACGAUUCUUCUGAUGCUGAUUCUGGUGAAGAGCGCAAGGGAACCACGAAGCACUUGAGAGAUAGUCGGAGAGAUGCUCCUGAACGUGAGCUAGACAGCAAUUUUGACCAGAAACACAUCACCUCGAGGAAGCAUAAGAAAAACAGAAGGCAUGAUAGUGAUGCUUCUUCUGAUACUGAUUCUGGUGGAGAGCACAAGGAAACCAAGAAGAGCUUGAAGAAUAAUCGAAGAGAUCUUGAAAGUGAUACCGACAGUGACGUUGACAAGAAAUACACCACCUCAAAGAAGCAGGAGAAAAACAAAAGUCGCGAUAGUGAUGAUUCUGAUUCAGAUAGUGGUGAGUUUGGGAUGGGCAGCCACAGGAAAGGAUCUGGUAGACCUAAAAGUCAAAAGGUGAUGAAGAAGCAAAGAAGCCGGAAACAGGAGUCCACGGAUGAGUCCAAUUCUGACAGUGGGAUUGAUGAUAAAGGCAGGCAACUGAAGCACAAGAACCAGCAUGGUAAAAGAUAUGGGGUAGAUAGUGACAGCUCUGACCGUGACAGUUCUGAUUCUGAUGUAGGUCGAAACAAGAGUAAGCAUCGAUAUCACAGCAAACGUGCAGGAAAGAGCAGGGUAGAUAGUGAAUCCGAUUCUGAAAAGUUGAGAAAGCAUCCUAAGAAAGAUGUUGGUAGACGCAGACAUGAUACCGAUAACGAUGAAAGUGGUGAUAACAGCUCUAGCAGUGAUGAAAUAGUGAAGAGGCGCAGAGAUAGGAGGUACAAUUCUGAUGAUAAAUCUGAAGAAGGUGAAUAUUUUGGUAAAAGUGGCAAGACAGCCACAAAAGGAACAAUAGCUGCUAAAAGGAAACAUGAUGACAGUGAUAAAUCUGAUGAUAGCCAAGCAAUUGAUAGAAGGGGCAAUGAUAAACAGAAGAGAGCUAAGAAACAUUCGUCUGGUGAUGGUUCUGAUGCAGAUAAGGGAGUAAAAUCAAGUGGUGGAGCUCGUGAAAGAGGAAAAGGGAGCUCGAAUCAUGCAGAUGGUUUGGAUGAGUCUGUGACAGCAGCUAAGAAUACUUCGUACAAGUCUAGGAAUGAUUCACUCGAUGAGUUCAACCGUGCAAAUCAACAGACAAUGAAAAGCAAGAGAAAGUUAGAUGAAGGUGGUGAGGAUGAGCAGCAGCCAGAAGCAAAGUCUCGAAGUCGAAUUUCUACAAGAGAGUCAGAUUUCCAUGGAGACCCCAAGAAAGAUUUCAAAAAUGAUUCUGAAUCAAGUAGACGUGCACGAAGUGGUAGGUACGAAGAGGCGAGGGAUGGCAGGUACAGGGAGGAACCCAAAAUUGAUUCUGAAUCAAACACUAGAUCACGCUAUAGUGCACACAACGAGGAUGAUGACAGAAAGUCGACUCGAACAGGAAGCAGAUAUACUGAAGAAACAGAACAUGGAAGUAGACAUAAUCACAAGGCUAAUGAGUCUCACCACCGCAGUAGGACUGAUCAAGAUAUUGAAGAGGGAAAAAGGCACAGCAGCAGCAGAUAUGAGGAGCAGAGAGGGAGAAAGCAUGAAAGGGAUGAGGGUAUAAAAUCUAGCAGGGAAGCUGAAAGAGGGGAGUAUCAACCAAGCAGCAGGCUGAGAUCUGAGAAAGAUUAUGAAACUAAAGAAUCUACAAGAGAUAGGGAUGAUCCCAGAAAGAGGGCCAAAUAUGAUUCUCGAUCGAGCAGACGUGAUACGUCGUAUUAGGGUCGGGUCCCUUAUUCGUAUUUGAUAGCCGCCUAUUAUCUAUAAACUCUAGAACUUGAAUCAUAAUGCCUUGUCCGGAAGGUUUGUGUUUCCUUUUUUCUGUAAUGAAAAUGUAUGUGAGACUAAGAAAUUGCUUCUCCUUGAACUGGUUUGUUGCUGAAUUGAAGUCAUCAGGUUUCAGAAGACUCGAGUUCUGAAGUAAA